AUGGGUGUAAGUGGUCUUACAACUUUUAUUGAACAAAACAGAUCCGAUAAUAUAUUAAAAGAUUAUAUAUUGCAAAAAACAAAUCUUAUAAUAGAUGGAAAUUCUGUUAUGUGUUUUCUCUAUAGACAAUGGCAUGAUUCAUCCAUGGAGGAAGCAUCCCACUUUGAAUGUUUUGGUGGAAAUUAUGAUGUAUUUGGAAAAAUAAUUUGUGACUUUUUUGAACUACUGGCGCAAUGCAAUAUAAUUCCAUAUGUUGUUUUUGAUGGAGGUUAUGAACAUAAAAAAUUGGAAAAAAUUGUUUCAAAAAGGAAGGUCCAAGAAACAUAUGCAAGCACAUUAAAUCCAGUAUCAGAAAAAAAGGAGAAAACUACAUUUCUAUUUGGUUUGUUUAUGUUUCAAGUGUUUAAUGAUAUCAUUACAGAAAAGGGAAUUAAAUCAGAAACAUGUUUCUUUGAAGGAGAUAUUCGCAUUGCAAAUAUUGCAAAAGAAAAAAACUGUCCUAUUUUAAGCUACGAUUCAGAUUAUUAUAUUUAUGCUAAUUUGUAUAUUCCUUUUAAAUCUAUACAUAUAAAAUUUAAGAAUUUGAGUUCUAGAUUAGAUUUUGGCCUGCAAACAUGUAUUAGUUGUAAAUGCUAUAAACAAGAAUAUUUUUUAGAACAAUUUCAUGGAUUACAAGUAAAAAGUUUACCAAUUCUAGCAGUUUUGGCAGGAAAUGACUUUAUAAAUCAUUAUGAAGUUAAAUGUUUUUGUCAAGAAAAUUUUAAAUUCAAUCCUAAAAACAAGAUUGAAUCAAUUAUAAAUUGGUUAAAAAGCAAAAAUAGUAAAGAUGCUUUAAGAGAAAUAUUUUAUUAUUUUAGUGGAAACGAAGAAAUUUGUAAUAAAAUUGAAGCUGUAAUUAAAAUUUACAAUUUACCUGAUAGCAAAAAUUUAAAUGAUUCACAACCACUAUCUAAUACUGGUGCAUCUACAAGUGCUAUUAAUAUUAUUACAGAAGAGCUCGAAAAUAACAUCAAUUUUGAUUCAAAUAAUAUACAUCCUGAAUUUUUGCAAAAAUUAAAGCGUGGUCAGUAUCCUCGUAGUUUUAUGAAUAUUAUAGUGCAUAAUAAAUAUUUCCAUCUAGUACAAGUGGAAAAUUAUUAUGGGGAACAUUCACAUAAAAUUAGUUUUAGCAUAUUAAGUGCAAUUCAUAAACUUUUAACAAACCGUGAGACACCAAUGACUUACAUUGGUCCAAUAGAUGAAAACGUACCUUUAUGUAACAUUACUUUACCUAUAUAUGAAGAAAUAAAUGCACUAGAUAAAAGCACCAAACAGAAAUAUAUUUUAAAUAUAUUGGCAAUUGAUAAUAUAUUUUUUGAUUGUCUCAUUCGCUUUUCAGAGACUUGGCAUGUUUUUCUUUUAACUGUUAAGUAUUAUUUAAAAAAGAAAUCAAAUAAUUGGCCACUAAUAUAUUCACUGAUAAUGUGUAAAUUAGUUUUAAGUUAUGUUGACAAAAAAGUUGGUUUUUUUAGAUCUAAAUCUCUGUUUGAGCAAUUUAAAUUUAUUUCUGAUGAACAAGAAACAGAAUUUUCCAAAUCCAAUAAAAUUCAAUCUGCUUUACAAAAUAUAACUAAAAAUGAUUCUUUCCAAUGUUUGAAAUCUCUAAUAGUUUAUUUUGAAGUAGAUGAGAAAACAAAAACAAAUCCAGCUGCAUUUAACAGAGAUGUGGCCCAUUCAAUAUCAGAAUUUCAAAGUUGUUUAUUGCAUAUAUGCGAUUUAAAUACACUUUUUGAUUUUACUUUCUGUAAAUUAAAUGUAAGAGAAUGUUUAAAUUGCACUUUUAUUUAUAAUUUGACAACUAAUUAUAAAGAUUUGAGCAGUUAUGUAAAAUUAUUAGAAAAUUCACCAAUUAUUUUACACUGUUUUAAUUUGAUUGUUGAUACUCUCAAAAAUUCUACAGUUGGAACAGUGCAAGAAAUUACCAGUAGAAAGAGAGGGAGGGAAAAGAAUGAGGAGAAAUUAGAAAUAAAGAGAGUCAAAAUUUCCAAUUAG